AAAUUUCUCAAUUCUGAGUCGGUUUUUUGGUUAAGUGCGGCCCUGCCCGCCAAUUCAAAAUCUCCAAAACUUAGACAUCUUCUUCCAUUUCUUUCUCCAAAAACUCUGACCCACUCCGAAUUCGAUUUCCAUUGAAUUGAAUUUGGAUCCCUAAUUCACUGAAGUAUACGCUCAACUCUUUCUCACCCUCGCGCUUAGGGUUUCUCUCCAAGAAGUUAAUAAUGCCGGUGCACUUAACGCCCAACGCUAUUCCCGCUAUUGUCGGCGGCGACGUGAACUUAAAGCCGCUCGUCCAGAUCCUGGAUAUCAAGCACAUCGGAAGCUCGCAGGAGAGGUACAGACUCUUGAUCUCGGAUGCAGUUUCCACUCAGCACGCGAUGCUUGCAACUCAGCUCAAUGACCGAGUUAAGGACGGUAGCAUAAGGAAUGGAUCGGUCAUCCAGCUUAUCGAGUACCUCUGCAGCUUUGUUCAGAAUCGCCAGCUAGUUGUAAUUUUGAGUAUGGAAACUAUUAUACCGGAAUGUGAUAUAAUUGGGAACCCAAAACAUUUUCUCGAACCGGAUUCAACAGCUCAGAAGAUUCAGCCGAAUAUCAAUUUACAGCAGCCAGCUAGGGUUUCCAAUAAUCGUUACCAACCCCCUCCUGUAGCCAAUGUGCAGGAUUUCCGGCCUGCUGUUCAACCUCCUUACCAACCACCUUCUAAUUACAAAAGUCAUGGCACUAUUCUUAAGAAUGAAGCACCUGCUCGGAUCAUUCCUAUUGCUGCAUUGAAUCCUUACCAAGGCAGGUGGGCUAUCAAGGCAAGAGUGACAGCAAAAGGGGACCUUCGUCGGUAUAAUAAUGCCCGGGGAGAUGGAAAAGUGUUCUCCUUUGACCUUCUCGACUCUGAAGGAGGGGAAAUACGUGUCACCUGUUUCAAUGCUGUUGUUGACCGCUUUUAUGAUGUUAUAGAGGUUGGUAAAGUCUAUAUGAUUUCAAAGGGUAGCUUAAAACCUGCUCAGAAGAACUUUAACCAUCUUAAAAAUGAAUGGGAGAUAUUUCUAGAGGCAACUUCAACUGUCGAUCUUUGCCCUGAUGAAGAUGGUUCUAUACCAACACAGCAGUUUUCUUUUAGGCCUAUUAGUGACAUUGAAAGUGCUGAUAGUAAUACUAUUCUUGAUGUUAUUGGUAUUGUCAUAUCGGUGAAUCCUUCAGUUCCUAUCAUGAGAAAGAAUGGAAUGGAAACUCAGAGAAGAAUUUUGAAUUUAAAGGACUGGUCAGGCAGGAGCGUUGAGAUAACCCUAUGGGGGGAUUUCUGUAACAGAGAAGGUCAGAAGCUUCAGGAUAUGUUUGAUUCUGGAAUUUGUCCAGUUUUAGCGGUGAAAGCUGGGAAGGUUAACGAUUUUAGUGGGAAAUCAAUAGGUACAAUAUCUUCCACUCAACUCUUCAUAAAUCCAGAUUUCCCUGAGGCUCAUAGCUUGAGAGACUGGUUUGAUCGAGGGGGCAAGGAUGCUGUAUCGCAGUCCAUUUCUAAAGACAUGGUGCCUGGAAUGCCUAAGAAUGAGAUUCGGAAAACUAUAUCUCAAAUUAAAGAUGAAGGUCUAGGAAGAUCAGAUAAACCAGAUUGGGUCACUGUCAAUGCUACAAUAACAUUUAUGAAAGCCGAUACUUUCUGCUACACAGCAUGCCCGUUGAUGAUCGGAGAUAGGCAGUGUAGUAAAAAGGUGACAAGGUCAGGAAACAGAUGGCAGUGUGACAGAUGUAAUCAAGAAUUUGAAGAAUGCGACUACAGGUACCUUCUUCAAGCCCAAAUUCAAGAUCAUACAGGAUUGACAUGGGUGACAGCAUUUCAGGAGUCCGGGGAAGAGAUUUUGGGCUGCUCGGCAAAGGAGUUGUACAUGUUGAAGUUUGAAGAACAGGAUGAUGCAAGAUUCGAUUCCAUAGUUAGGCAGAGGGUUUUUAACAAAUAUCUUUUUAGGCUCAAGAUUAAAGAGGAGAUGUACGGUGAUGAGCAAAGGGUGAAAAUCACUGUAAUGAAGGCUGAUAAGGUGAACUACGCUACAGAGAGCAAAUUCAUGCUUGAGUCAAUAUUAAAGCCCUUGAGGUAAUUAAUGCUACCAAGAAUGAGUAGUUAAAAUAAUAGUUUAAAUUCCGGAGAGCUGAUUUUCAAGUCUAAGGAACAGAGCAUUCUCUGUAGAUUAAUAUUUUUAUGUGCUUUUUGUAAAUUUAGUUGUAGCGAAUCUUGCUAACAUUGAUUCCACAAUACCAUUAAUUGUCUUUCAGAUUAAGCAUUUAAUAUUAGAAACUAUUCAUAUUGCCCUUUACUAUAAUCUAACAGCUGAAGUCAUCCUUUUCAAAUUUCAUAAUAAUCCUUGAUGUUAGUUCUAAAUCUCAUCAUUCGCAAAAUCAAGAAUUUCAGAAUUCACAGUUUCUCACCUUGAAUGAUAAAAAAGCUGGAAACUAGAGUGACAAUAUUGCACAAAAGAAACACAGAAAGAAAGAGACACUAUUACAUUACACAAACAGGUUACAUUUUAAACGAAAAAUUAAGAAUUUUUUGCAUAAUUCUCUCAAUAACAAACUAAAAGGUGAAGAAAGUGUCUCCUCUCCCUCAAGCUCAGCCCCGUUUAACUGGAUCGAAGUUGGAUACACCGAUCACAGCUCCGAUGAUGGCUGUCACUACAACACCACCAGCUGCAAUGCUAAGCAAGAAGUUCUUGAGCGAAGGAGAAACUCCAGAAUCGGCUGCCUCUGCCACCUGAGGGAUCACCAUCGAGGCCGUCAUCAACCCCGCAGUCAAACCAGUCACUGCCUUCUCCUUCAGAGAAGCCCUGACUUCGAGCUUUCCGCUCGAUCUUGGUGCCGCAGCCAUGGCCUUAGAGGGCCUCAACGGGAGUGGCUUGAGGAAUGCCUCGGAGCUUGGAAACUUCUUCUGGCCUACUGCGUUUGUCAAUGGCAUAGCCAUAGAAACUGCCGAAGUUGCAGCCAUUUUAGUGGUUAUUUUUCUUUUCUCCUUUUGUUAUCUGAUUGAGAAUUUUGAAUGGGGAGAAUCGCAGUAGUGUGGUUU